AUGCAGACAGUCCUCCUGUGUGAGGAGAAGGAGAAAGAGAAGGCCCUGUUUGUUAAAGCCAGAGAGAGGACCAUGAGAUACUUGAAAGAGGAUCUGGCUUACUACCAUGAGAAGGUCACCAAAGACCUGGGAUCCCUAGGCCAGACCCUGGACAGAGCUCUGGGGCUGAAUCAGAGCGAAGAGGAAGCUAAGCUGGAGGAAAGGAUGGUUAGGAGGUUUGGGAAGGGUGAGAGAUUGAUGAGGCCAGUGCUAGAGGUUGCAGGAAGAAGAGACAGACAAAUAUCAAGACACCCGAAUGUAAAGAUGGUAAUGAAUGGGAGAAGAGCCGGCCAACUAGUGAAGGUGGCAGAAGAGGAAGAGAGUAUAAGAGGUCAAAGAGCGAAGCCAGUGAACAUUUUCAAGGAAAUCGUUGCAGAGUUCAUGGACAAGGUCCAAAAUGAGUUUGAGGAUUUUAAUAAACUCCAAGACAUCGACAUGUGUCACAUGGUCAGAAAGCAGAUCAAGCAAGACCAGAUGAUGUUGGAUGCUUGGAAGCUCCAGCAGGAGUUAGUCGUGGGCUCUUUCAGAAACUACUGGAGAGAACUGGAGGAGGGCAUUGGACCCAUGCUAGACAGAGUGCAGAAAAUAGCCGCUGUGGAAGUUGAGGUAAGAACACCACACACCACAGCAUGCUGUAAGUCAGCUGGUAUAAUGGUGGAAACAGGGAGGGAAGAAUAGCAUUCAGGUUUCUUUACAACUCACAUUGUGCACUAUAAUAGCCUUCAUUAUUGCGUCAUUAUUUUGGAUUGGGUUAACUCACGUUUGAGGCCUGUUAGUUUUUUAUAUAAAUGCAUUGUGCAGGUUAUGUUUAGCCCAGCCAGGUCACCCAUUAUACAAGUUCAGUAUUCAACGUCCAUCCAUGUCUGAGGACAUCAGGAGAUAACGUUGAAACCGGCCACUAGUGGCAACAGUGAGCACUGUUCCCUUCAAGUAGGUUUCGAUUUUGCUACAGCAUUGUGGACAGGGAUGGUGGAUAGGCGUAAGCAUCUGAUUCCAAAGGUUGCAGGUUCAAAUACAGUGGUAGAAAGUUGUUUUUGAAUAUUUUUGUUUUAAGCCUAUCCCAAACCAUACCCUUACCUUAACCAUUCGGAGUUAAUAUCUAACUUUAAGAAUUUGGAGUUAAUGCCUGAACUUAACCAAAACACUUAGAAAUGUGACAUUUGGAACAACUUUGAAAUUUGACGUUUGAGAAACAUGGAUGAACGUCUAAUUCUGACAUGAGUGUGAGAGCUCGUAGGUUUAGCCACACGAUCUAACCCUGCACCUCUGUCUCUCAUGCAGAAUGACUUCGCUACUCUUGAGUCAGUGGUAGGUUGUUUACUGGAUUAAUUCAGUAUUUCUACAGACAUAUAUUCAUUACUGAUUAAUUACUGCAGCUACAAUAUUCUCCCAGUAUGUAAGACUUGUUCGGUUUUGAUACACGUAUUCCCACUGGGCACACACUGGUUGAAUCAACGUUGUUUCCAUGUCAUUUCAAUGAAAUGACGUUGAACCAACGUUGAAUAGUUGUUGAAUUGACGUCUGUGCCCAGUGGGCUGUAUCUUUUCACUGUGAUCUUGUGAUUAAUCAUGUUAACUAAUCUUGUACCGCUAAUCUUCCCAUCAAGAGUCAGAACUACAGGUCAUCUACUCCAGUGACUAUGACCUCCUUGACCUCUGUCUCUUUGACCACUGCUCCACUGACCGCUUCUCCACUGACCGCUACCCUCCAGACCACUGCCACUCCCCCCCUCUUCCUCCCUGUUCGCAUCCCUCCCUCUAACCUCCAGACCACCGCCGCUCCACCCCUCCCUCGCCCCCACCGCCUGCCCCCACUGAAGGUUCCACCGCCGACCCUGGCAUGGCCACAGACCACCCAUCUACCACCCAUCUCCACCCAGACUGAGGGAGGACAGACAGGCAACACUGACAGGACUGGAACACCUGUACUGGUAAGAAGACUGAUAAGAACCAGGCUCCCUCUCUCUCUUUCAGUCAGAUCCACACACAUGGUGCCACAUAGAGGAAAGCUAGUGUAGAUCUGUAAGAUUAUAGCUGUGCUGGAAAGAUGUUUAAAUGUUGUAUUAUGUUUCUCAGACUCUGGACACUAAUGGAGAUCAGACAAGAGAAACCAAUGAGAUUGAUUAUGAUGAGGUAGAGGAGAUUAGCAUCCUGCCUGAUGAGGAAAGGUUCCAAGUAAAGCAAGUGGAGAAGGAAGAAGUGAAGGAGAAGAAGGAACAGGAGAAUGAGACAGGGGGGGCCAAGAAAUGUCGCAAGACCAUCAAGAAG